UUUCGCGCGAAGAUCGGUAUUAGUUGAUUCGCAAGGUCGGCGUGAUUGAGCUGACGUGCCGUAUGAUAUGGAUUAUUCUUCCCGCGUCAUCGAGUUAAUUCAUGCUACCGAAGUGACGACAGAGAAUAUACGCACGAGAUAAUGCGCUCUUCCAGCUCCGUGGUAUUUGCUUCGAUUCCAAGUAACGUCAGAAGUAAUAAAUGCUGAUAAAUACAACAGUAAGUAAUCGGAUGAUAAAUCGACAAUCAAUUUCUUUGAAAAUAAGAAGUAGAAAAGGAUAAUUGACGGGGCCUUCAAAUCAAGUUUAAAUCAGUAAUCUUUUCUGUACGUCAGACAGUCUUCCUCGUUCUUUGUGUGCGAGAGCAGAACUGGAACGAAAAAUGAAAUAAAAAAAAGAAAGGUAGCAAGGAGCAAGGGAACGCGAUGUGUUAUAUCUCAAAAGAAACGGAUACCCAUGAGAGAAGAAGAAGAAGGAGAAGAAGGAGAUAAAGUGAUCCAGAAGAAGUGGGAGAACAUGAUGGACUACGUGUUGGCUUUCAGCAUCAACGAUACGCUGCAUUACAUACACGCGACAACACUGUACCAAUGUGGGAUCGUGAUAUUGUGAUACGGAAAUAAUGUCAAUACGACGAGCGUGUUUGGACCGAAAUGACUGGUGUUUCACUUGCGAUGAGGAUGAGCCCGGUCAAGGUUGACGAUUGUCAGUGAGCUACCGACAAUUCCGAGGAAUUUUCGCCGAAUAAACGUGAUCAUCGAUUUUUGACGACGAGAAGCGAUCGACGAGAUCCCAACUCGCCUAUUCUUUGGAAUAUCUACGAAGAUCGGAAUGCCAUUGGGCUGACACCGGUACCAUGGCAGCCGAUCUCUACGCAAAUGGCUCUCUAAAGUCAACGUCCGCCAGGGCUGUAGGCAGCAUGGGACAGCGUAAAUCAGGCGCCCCGGGCGCCUUGGGCGCCGCGGCGCCCAUAUCGACGGAGGAGGAGCAGCUGAAGUUCCAAGACAGCAGAUUUCUGGCGACUUUGGUGCUCGGCAGAAGUAGGAGGAUCUCGCCAGACGUGCUGCCGUCGUGCUCGCCAGGCGUAUUUCGCCAGAAGUCAUUUCACUCAUCGACGCCGCCGCCGCCGCCGAGGGUGCCAGCAACAGCAGCAACAUCGGCGUCCUUGCUGUCCUCCCGGAACAGCCGGGGCGCGCCCGCGUCCACGACGAACGAUCGCUGCGCCCCUCGACAAGCCACCCCAGUCGUCGGCGCCACCCCGAACCCAGCCGCCGCUCCACGUGACGGCAGCGUCGGCAGCUCGCGAUCCGCCAGCACCACCUCGCUGUCGUCGUCGCGGGGCGCCCGGGCAGCCAGCAAGCACACGCGCCUCGUCACGGCACUGGCCAGCAAAAUGGCGUCCGCGAGCACCUCCACGGUCGUGCAGGGCUGGCCGAAUACCAAGGACGAUUACGAGCUGAAGGAGGUUAUCGGGGUUGGAGCGACCGCCGUGGUGCACGCAGCGUUUUGCAUCCCGCGGCAGGAGAAAUGCGCGAUCAAACGAAUAAAUUUGGAAAAAUGGAACACGAACAUGGACGAGCUGCUGAAAGAGAUACAGGCGAUGUCUUCUUGCAACCACGAAAACGUCGUGACGUAUUACACGUCGUUCGUGGUGAAAGAGGAGCUCUGGCUGGUCUUGAGAUUACUGGAGGGUGGAUCUCUGCUGGAUAUCAUCAAGCACAAAACCAGAACCACCAAUUGCAAACACGGAGUAUUCGACGAGGCCACCAUAGCCACGGUACUGCGAGAAGUACUCAAGGGACUUGAAUAUUUCCACAGCAACGGACAGAUUCACAGGGACAUAAAAGCGGGUAAUAUCCUACUAGGCGAGGAUGGCACGGUGCAGAUCGCCGACUUCGGUGUCAGCGCAUGGCUCGCGACUGGACGCGACCUGAGCCGGCAGAAGGUCCGGCAUACCUUCGUCGGUACGCCGUGUUGGAUGGCGCCCGAGGUCAUGGAGCAGGUGAGAGAGGACCAUGGCUACGAUUUUAAGGCCGAUAUAUGGUCACUUGGCAUCACGGCGAUCGAGAUGGCCAGCGGCACGGCGCCGUACCACAAAUAUCCCCCGAUGAAGGUCUUGAUGCUGACGCUGCAGAACGAUCCGCCGACUCUGGAUACCGCCGCGGACGACAAGGACCAAUACAAAGCGUACGGGAAAACAUUCCGAAAAAUGAUCGUCGACUGUUUACAAAAAGAUCCUACCAAGAGACCAACAGCUACCGAGUUGCUGAAACAUCCCUUUUUCAAAAAAGCCAAAGAUAAGAAAUAUUUACAACAAACGUUAGUGGCGAUUGGACCCAGUUUAGAAACACGUGUACAAAAAGCAUCAAAAAGGCAACCAGGCACGUCGGGCCGUUUGCACCGAACGGUGACCGGCGAAUGGGUCUGGUCAGAAGAAGAGAAUAACGGUGACUCGAGCAGCGACGAAGGCAAAGAAACGUUACCGGUCAACACAAUCGAAAAAGCCAGCAGCGAUGAAGAAGCCGGCGAACCCGACGAAUACUACGGUCAAAUCAAGGUAGCACCGAGUCAAAUCGCGAUACCAGCUACCGGACAAAAUGUUCCUAUAAACUUGGUGCUUAGAUUACGGAACGAAAGACGGGAGCUUAAUGACAUUAGGUUCGAAUUUACGGUUGGAGUUGAUUCUGCGCAAGGAAUCGCGGCAGAACUGGUCGCUGCGGGCUUGGUCGACGGCAAGGACGUUGUGGUAAUAGAAACAAAUCUGAAAAAGUUGAUAGAGAGUGGAGGACAAUUGCGAACAGUGACGUUUUCCUUGAACUCGGGUUACGCAGUGAAUGAAGUACCAGAUGACAAGGCGUUAAUAGGAUUUGCUCAGAUCUCCAUCACUGAUUAAACAACCUCGAUUGCGUUCUAAAUUUUCGGGAUAAUGUUCUUAAUUGAUACAUUCGUCAAGAUCCAGAGAGUACCAAAAGCUAACAAAUCGGCUAAAUGCUAUUUCUCAAAAUAGACUAGUAGAUGGUAAAAAUAAAAGGCUCGCGGCACACAACACACGUAAAUCAGUCUGAUCACUGAAUGCUUGCCAGCAUGUCUUAGCUUUUGAUACUUUCGUUUCUUUCAGAUUCUAAUAGUCGAUUGCAGGGCGUAGGUAUUCGAAAAGAAAAACACAUUUGUUACAACACAUCGGUAAUAACGAACUGCUCAAGUGUGUGUCUGAUAACAUCGUCAAUGUUCAUGAAGACAAUCGAACGGGGCGGAUAUAUAUAAAAAACACUAUCAUCCACGUACUGGCUUAAGGACAUACACUUACCUGUAUAAUCAAUAAUGGCUGUAGUUUUACAUAACCGAAUUAUAUCGUUCGUAUUAUGUCAGUUAUGUAAAUAUUAGUAUUCGACCGUUAUUUUAUUUCUUCUUUGUGGUUGAUAUAUAUGAAAUGGGAUAAAAUACCGCGAAAUGCGAUAUUUCGUAUAAGUAAGAGUAAACUUAGAGGUUUGAAAGAGAGAGAGAGAGAGAGAGAGAGACAGAGAAAAUGCUUUAUAAUCUAACUUAUUUGUUCAAAAUAUAAGCAGUUUCUCUUGAAUAUAGCAAGGUUUUAGUUAUAUAAAAAAACCAAUUGAAUAUUCUACACACAGAGUCAUCAUGUUUAUGUAUCAUAUACAGAUUAAUUGCAUAUAUAUAUAUACAUAUAUACAUUAUAUAUUUAUAUAUAAUAUGCUUCAUGUUAGGAAAAAAAGAUAGACAAUGUUGAAAUAAAACUCUUUUGUACUUAAUUAAAUAGACUUACGAUAGAGCAAAUUAAUAUUUUCACAGUUUUUAGACGUAGCCAGAAAGAGAGAAGGUUAAAUCGAAAAAUUUUUACCUUGUACGUCUCGAAAAUUUUUAAAUUAAAUCUUUUUGUAAGGUACAUCAUAAAAUGGGUAAAAUCAGAAUCAUAUGAGAAUGUAAACAUGACAAAAUGGCAAUGAAAAAAGCGAUAUUACGGUUUCACGGAUUAAGUGUGCAAUUUACAACACUUUUGCAUCUCUUAGGAAUUGCAAAAAAAUCUUUUUUUGCGACGUUAUUGUCUUUUGUUAUGUUUACAGAUUAUUAAAGUUUAUAAAGGGUUUUAUAUAUAACAAAAAAAAAAACAAUGUAUAAUUUUAUGAAACUUUUAAUAAUAUUUUUAAAAUUAAGUUUUUAAAUAACUCUUGAUGAGAGAGAGUUACAAUAUUUUUAUUUUGUUAUAUUUUCUACAGAGAUGAAUUUCUAAUUGUGAUGUAUACGUAUGUUACAAUUAGAAAUAAAAUCAAAGUAUAAACAAGAAUACGAAAGAUUUAUCGAAAAUCGAUUAUCACCGCAAGAGCACGGUUGUAAUCAGUGUGAUUCUGUAUUUUAUCGAUUUUUAUACAAACUGCAGCGGGUCGCAUUAUGAUAUGGUAAAGGAUAUACAUAUUUCGCGAUCGAUAUUCUGCAAAUAUAAUAUACACAUGUGCUAUUUUCGUGAAUUUUCGCUAUUUAAUUAUUCUUAACGAGUAAGGUCUUUAAACAAGGUGUGAAAUUGGCACGCGACUCCACAUUUCCUUUGCCAUAUUGCAACAACUACACGCAUACGCAAACACCAACACGCAAAAUGUUAAAUUCGCGACACAAGAUUUGCCGAAUGAAAUCAGUUGUGUAGCAAUGAUCGAAAUACAAAUCUGUUGAUAUACGUGUGAUGAUUAUAUGCAUAUACUCCGUACUAAGAGCCAGCUGUGUGGUUUAAUUAGGCGACACGCUCUUUUUAUGCUUAAAUACGCGAGGAGUAAAUAUAAUUACUUUUAAGCCGCAAGAUUGAUAAUCGCACGUUAGCUUAAGUAGUACCUUUACAGAUAAGCGUAUCCGAUGGCACUAUCAUCCCGCGUAGCACUCGUAGACUUCUCGUGUACACCGCGUUUUGCCGGCAGUGAGUUUCGAUCGAUUCGACAUAGCUUGCGCACCUCACUACGUGCCUUAUCCGGAGAAUGCAUUUGGUCAUAUCGAAAAAUCUGUGUUUCCCAUCCGUGAUUGGGGAGUUCAUUUGGGACUGAACUUACAAUUCGGAAUUUUACGUCAGGAACGGGAUUCUUUUUUGCAACACGAUUAAAACAGUGCCAAAUCGAGUGUGUUGUUGUACGUAGCGAUUAUAAAUGUGUAUCAAGAGGAAAAAAAAACAAUAAUUUAUUUGUAUCAAUAUCAAACGUCGUUUUGCCAAUGAGAACCAUUGUAUUUUAUUUCAUCGCGAGUUUAUACGACUGUGUAAGAGAGAGUGGACUGCGGCAGCCGAGAAUGGACAAUGAUACUUAACACAGAUUUAAAAAAAAAAAAAUAAUAAUAGAUUCCUCCGUGUAGUAGCGGCAGCGGAGUUUGUCUUAUGUUCCCCGAGCGAACAUUUCCGUUACUGAAUUUCCAGCAAUAAAUUGUUCUUCACAAACGAA